GACGCGGCGUUUUGCGCGUGCGCACUCCAGUCACUAUUGCUAUACAGUGUUCAUUCUCUGGUCAGUUUUAUUUCUCUGUUUUAUGCAUAAAAGAGCAAAAGCGGGUUCGUCUUCACCCCCAGGCUGGAGCUGGAGCAGUAAACAUGUCGGCACAGGGGGAUUGUGAUUUCUUGGUGAAACGCGCGCGCGAGCUCGUGCCCAAAGACCCGUGGGCUGCUAAAGCUUGGCUGAUCACCGCGCGCACUCUCUAUCCGGCUGACUUCAACAUACAGUAUGAGAUGUACAUGAUUGAGCGCAACGCAGAGAGGACCUCUUCAGCUGGCAGACUGCUCUAUGACAUAUUUAUUAAUUUCCCGGAGCAGCCGGUGGUGUGGCGCGAGAUCACCGUAAUCACAGCAGCGUUGAGGAACGACAGUCAGGACAAGCAUGCACUGUUCCUCAAAGGUGUGUUUGAGACUCUCCCAGGCCCUGUGCAGUGUCAGAUGCUUUUGAAGGCCACUGAACAGUGUUUUAACACUCUGGAGAAAGCAGAGAUGCACCUGCUGUUGCUGAAGAGAUUCCCAGAGUCUGUGGUACAGCACGGGGUGAGUUUAGGAGAGUCGCUGCUGGAAGCAGAGAACAUGCAGGACCUGGACACUCCAGUCAACUGUUACAGGAAACUGUUUGUAUGCGACGUCCUGCCGUUGAUCAUCAAUAAUAUGGACAUGCGGCUACCCGCCAGUCUGUUGCACAAGUACAUGCACAAAGCGGCCGAGUUUUACAUCGGCUACGUGACACGAGGACCCUGCGCAGAUGCACAGUUACCGGGACCUCAGGAAGGGGGAGGGCUUAAGUCUCCCGGAAAGGGGCGGGGCCAGCGGGGCGUGAUUGAUGGCUUGACGGAGAAGUCAUCGUUGGUGGCGGAGCCGUGGGAGAGGCUCCUGGAGAUUGUUGGGUCGGUGGGGCUGAGGUGUGAGUGGCAGGGAGAGAAGGGCACCAGGACAUACUCAGAGCUACUGCAGCGGGUGAAAGAGCUGUGCCGCUAUUUGCCUGGUCUGGAGGGUGAGAAUUUCUCUCGUUGCUGCGCCCAAAUCGUCACCUGUUCCACGCUAGUGCUCUUCCGCAGUGCACACUUCUACAUCUCUACAGUGCAGCCCUCUCUCUUUCAGGGUCAUAACUCACUGGGCUCGACUCCAUGGGUUCUGGUGGAGGACCUUUCGAGUGUGUUUCACGACAUCGAGCCUGAGAGACUGAGCGGCAAACACGCGCACAAAAAACGCAAACUCGCAGACGGGCGUGAGAAAACCAUGAGUUCUGAUGACGAGGACGCUCUGGGGAAGGGACGAGGAAGACACAUUUUGGUCAGUAAGACUGAAAUGCCAGCCUGGACCGAGACACUAGAGCAUUUCAGAACAGCUAGAGAGAGCUGGGAUCUCUUACACUCGCACGAGACUCUGGAAUCAGAGUUCAACAAGAUCUGUGCAGCAUGGAAGACCGAAAGCUGGCUUUGGUUCCGGAUAUUUCUCACCGAUAUGAUCAUAUAUCAGGGUCAGUACAGAAAAGCUCUGUCCAGUUUAGUGCAGCUGUCGUCUCUUCAGCCCCAGCAGAGCCAGAACACACACACGUCAGCCUCCAACCUGGAGACACACCGAGCCUUAAUCCAGCAAGCAUCCUGUCACUACGCACUUGGGGAGUACCGGCUGGCCUGUGAGAAGCUGUUGGAGGUUGUAAGUGGUCUGGUGCCUCAAACCCAGGAAGCAACCAAGCCCAGCGAGGAGCAGACCCGAGGAAGAAACAAAGCUAAGAAAGGCAAUGACUUGAGGCUCGUUCCCUGCACUAGCAAAGACAUUUUGCCCUUUUGCCUGCAGUUGAUGCUGGCCUGCUUCAAAUUGCGAGCAUUCACAGACGGCAGCAGAGACGACCUGUCUCUCGGUCACGUGAUCGUCCUCCUGCAGCACGAUUGGCCGCAGGGAGAGACCCUCUUCCUGAAGGCGGUGGACAAAAUUUGCGACCAGGGGAGUUUUCAGUACGAGAACUUCUUCAACUACGUCACCAACAUUGACAUGUUGGAAGAGUUCGCGUAUCUCCGUACGACAGAAGGUGGGCGGGUCCAACUGGAGUUAUUGCCCAAUCAGGGGAUGCUAAUUAAGAACCCCAGCCCCGCCCUGGGGGUGGAGUUAAAUACCCUGCUGCUUCCUGGGGCUCAGAAGGCUGACAGGCAUCACACUGUGACUCGGGGCAUCACCAAAGGUGUGAAAGAAGAUUUCCGGCUGGCCAUGGAGCGCCAAGUGUCUCGCUGCGGAGAGAAUCUCCUCGCCGUUCUACAUCGAUUCUGCAUUAACGAGAAAAUCAUCCUCAUCCAGUCCUUACCCUGACCUCGUACUCUUAAAGGAAAAAAAAUCCACCAAAUAUUCCGAACUUUUCAUGUUUCAACCUUCACCAUCUUCAACAGGACCCAAGGUUUAUUAUGGAAAAAAUUCUAUUCUACUGAAAGAGAGUGAUGCAGCAGCACUUUAGUCUUUUAAUCUGUCCAGCUCUCCUCAGCCAUACACUUUGCUUAAACAGAUCAGCUUCCAAACCUUCAACGUUCAAGACAACACCGCUUUAAAUUCAGUAGAUAACUGUUACUCACCUCAGCUGGGCUUUAUAGCUGCAUUGCUUUCUGGAACUCCAACAUUCGCUGUCUCCACCAUGUCCACAUUGGAUUUGUCAGUAAUAUGACACAUUUUCACAUGUUUUCAGAAGCUGAUGUACAUUAUUUUAUGCAUCUUAUAUUCACAUCACAUAUUUAAUUUAAUUCAGAGCGGACUUUUCCUUUGACUUCUGCCUCUAUGCCCUAAUUCUCACCGAGUUCGCAACGUUCGUGCGAAAAAAUACUUAUUUUUCAACUUGAUACUGUUUUCUAUUGACUUUUUGUAGCCUUUGUGAAUUAUCUAGGUUUAGAAUUGCCUAUUUUGGAUAAGUACAGAGACCUCAAACAAGAGUGUCUUACUUUUAACCGGGUAAUGGGAUCUGGUAUAUUUCCCUGUUUAAAGCUUGUGAAGUUGCAUAUUGCAAAACAGCUAAUAGGUUGCACUGGUUGCAUCCCGUACUACGAAGAACCCCACAGUGUUCUUAAGGUUUUUCUGUCCAAGUCAUUAUGUUUGGCACGAAACUGCAUUCCUUGCCUGUAUAUCUAAAGGAUGAAUGUCUAGAUUUGGCAGCAGUUGAGAUCAGAAAAAAACAACAACUGGUACAUAUUAUAUAAUGUACCAUUUAAAUAAUCUUGGACUCCAACAUAUUGUAUAAAUGUCUUUAAUUUCAAACAAGCAACAGCUUUUUUUUCUUUAGCAAUGCUUUUAGAAUUAUUUUACUUUGUAUUUGAAUGCUCAUUUUUGCAUAU